UGCGCCUCUCGGCAGGGUAACACCGGUCCGGUCCGGGCGUCUUGUGUGAGCUGGGUAGCAGUGUUCCAGCAGCACGGGUUGCACGGCACAAUGUCUUUUCCCGAAGACUUUUACCUGGAAUAUCAGGGACUUCUGCUCCCCAGAGAGACUCACUGCGCAGAGAGUUUGAAGUUUGCGCAGGAAUUCAGUUUUAAAGAUGAUGACGUCGUGGCGGUUACGUACCCAAAGUCAGGAACGACCUGGAUGCAGGAGAUCCUACCACUGGUGCUAAACGGUGGAGAUCUGACUCCUAUCCAUACAGUUGUGAAUUGGGACCGGGUCCCCUGGCUGGAAGAAACAAGACUGGCAAAGGUUGUGGAUAAGUUGACAUCUCCACGUGCACUUGUUACACAUUUUCCCUACAGCUUUAUGCCCCCUUCCUUCCACACCUCCAAGGCCAAAGUAAUCAAUCUAAUAAGGAAUCCGAAAGAUGUCCUGGUGUCUUCAUAUUACUUUCACCAAAUGGCCAACUUCCUUGAGGAUCCAGGAUCUUUUGAUGAAUUCAUGGAUAAAUUCCUGGAAGGCAGAGUGCUCUUUGGAAAAUGGACAGACCAUGUAAAGAGCUGGAGAUGUGCAGAGCUAGGAGACAGGAUACUUUUCAUCACGUAUGAAGAAAUGGCUGAGGACCUGCCCACAUCUAUCAGGUGUAUCUCUGACUUCUUGUGCUGCACCCUGAGUGAAGAUGUCAUUCACAAGAUAGCAAAGCAUUGCUCUUUCGAGAGCAUGGAGGCCAACACUAUGUCCAACUUUAGCCUGGUUCCAAAGGGGUACAUGGACAGCGACAAGUCUCCUUUCCUGAGGAAAGGGGUUACAGGUGACUGGAAAAACCACUUCAGCUCAGAGCAACUGGUCCGAUUCACAUCCGUCAUUAACAAAGAGUUAGAGGAAGAGAACUUCUCGCUGCCAUGGAGUCUGGACUGAUCCGCAUUGAAAACUAAAAGUAAGAAGAAACAGAAUCAAGGACUCUACUCAUCCUUUUAAAAUAGGAAAUGUAUGCUAACUGCAGUGAACAACUCAAAAUUAUUUUGUUAUAAUGUGAGCUAUGCGGCCAAUGGCGGUUUAUUACCUUGUGCGGUUACAUGAUUAAUUGAUGAUCUAUUGUUGGAUUUGAAUGAGUUUUAGAACUGGUUACUAAAUGAAGUAUGAACACCUCCUAACACCUUCUAACAUAAACAAGGAAAGGUUUAAUGAUGAUGAAUAUGAUGUCAGUCACAGAGACAAAAUGGUUACAUGUUUUUGUAAGGUGUUUGAAGUAUUUUAAAUUGGUUGAUGCCUGUGUCUUGUUAAAUUCCAGUUUAAAAAUAAAAUAAUAUUUACACACAAAA